AUGCGAUGGCCGUGGUCACGCAACGACGAUGACCAAAAGAAAGGUGGACUCGCAGACUGGAUCGCGCCAGCGAAGCCAAAUAACUGGUCAAGCGCGCUGUAUGAGCCGAGGACCCUGAUUCCGGCGAUCGCGCUCACAGUCUCGACGGUUGCUGGUGUCCGGCUCUACAAGACCUAUCUGCGUCGCAUCCCAACCGUCAACCACAUCAAGCCAAACUACUACCGCCGCAAAGGUGUAUUUGGCCAAGUCACGAGUGUUGGAGAUGCAGACAACUUCAGGUUAUUCCACACGCCAGGUGGGAGGAUAGCUGGGUGGGGUAUCUUGCCCUGGAAGAAGGUGCCAUCAAAAAGAGAGGAUCUCGUCAGGCAGACACUACACAUUCGGAUUGCUGGAGUCGACGCUCCAGAACUUGCACACUGGGGCCGAGAAGCUCAGCCGUAUUCGAAAGAGGCCCAUGAAUGGCUCAUCAAUCUGAUCCAUAACCGCCGAGUACGCGCCUACAUAUACAGACGUGAUCAAUACGAUCGCAUCGUCGCCCAGGUUUUUGUGCGCAGAUGGCUUUUCAGGAAAGACGUUGGAUUGGAGAUGCUGAAGGCUGGAUUGGCUACCGUAUACGAGGCCAAAACAGGUGCUGAGUUCGGUACCGCUGAAGAAAAGUAUCGCGCUGCAGAGAGGAAGGCUCGCGCGAACAGGGUCGGGAUGUGGUCGAAGCCAAACUUCAUACAGAGGAUGGGCGGCGCCAGUAGUAAGACACUGGAGAGCCCACGCGAAUACAAGAAUCGGCACACCGCUGCAGACAAGGCAGAUAAGGCAAAGAAGGCAUGA